AUGCUGCUCAACAAGUUCUGGAAUAGCAUUUCGGCUAUGAGCUACAGUGCUGACUCCUUGCAGUCGAGUCCCGAUGAUGCAUAUCUAAGCUACCAUGACGUUCGCUUAACGAACGAGGACGUACAUACCCUUAAGACGGAUUGGCUGACAGAUAAUGUUAUUGCGUUCUGGGAAGAGUAUCUUGAACGUGAAUUCCUCGUAAACUAUCAUUCUGCCAACAUUGUCCUGCUCCGUCCAAGCAUGUCUUUUAUGCUACUUCAGACCCCAGAUCCCCGUACGCUCCGCGAAGCACUGCCCGACUUCACAAAGACUAGUCACGUCUUCCUCCCGAUCAACGACUGCCGCAACGUCAACGAGGCCGAAGGCGGCACUCACUGGUCUCUCCUGCUCGUAUCCGUCGUUGAUGGCAUUGCCUUCCACUAUGACUCACUCCCGCCUGGAAACUGCGAGGAAGCACUACAAGCCACGCUGAAGCUUUCUCACCUUCUAAACAGGCAGCUAUGCUACAUCAACCUCGAUGACUCGCCGGUCCAGGAGAACAGUAGUGACUGCGGCGUCUUCGUGUGCCUGCACAUGCGCCAGCUGCUCCUGAAACGGCUGUUGAUGGCCAACUCGUCGGAAAAAAUCAGCAUGAGCCUCGGAGGCACCAGAGUGAAUGCGAGCAACGGGCGCAAGGAGAUAGUGCGCAUCAUCGAGCGGCUCAGGAAGAAGGGAGAACGGCGAAGAUCGUUAAGCGUAAAUGCCAAUAUAAACUCCAACGGUACACCCGAUAACCACCGCGAGAAGAGAUCGAGAAGCCCGCCGCGAAUAGAAUGAUCUGAGCUAUGAUUAUCUUCUUUCCGAUCGUUGCUCUGGAGUUUUUUCGCUCUCCAUCCUUUCCGUGUUGGUAAUUAUGAUGUAAUGAUAUUGGUAACCUGCUAUGCUUACAAUCAUUGGUAAUUGAUCAGAUUCUUUUUUUUAGGUUUUUUUUUGGGCGCUGUUUCGGGUGAGGGUAAUUUCGGAAGGCUUUACUGAAAAGAAAAGGGAAUCAGUUAACAUUAAUUUUAAUUAUUUAAUUUUGAGGGGGUCCGGAGUCUGCUUGGAUAUUUUACUGGAUAGCGAUGGCGCGGGGCUAUUUCCUUCCCUUUUUGUUUUAUUGCGAUAGUUACUAGUAUUCUUCUUCCUUUUCUUUGUACUCUAGGGAAUACCAACUUUUGUUUGGUGGCGCGUGUGGUACGGUAUGCUGUACAGGAAAGCUGAGAGAGCAUUCUUGAGCAUUCAAUGAAACCAUCAUUUGUCUUC